CAUUCAUUGUUGAAAUCUCUUUUCAUUCUUUCUUUUCAAAGGAAAAAAUUAACAAUGUCAACUUUUGGAACCCACUUCCGUGUUACAACCUUUGGAGAGUCACACUGUAAAGGCGUUGGUUGUAUCAUCGAUGGAUGUCCACCUGGACUUGCCUUGACUGAGGAUGAUAUCCAGCCUCAACUAACUCGCCGACGCCCUGGACAAAGCAAUCUCACCACUCCUCGUGAUGAGAAGGAUAGGGUAACGAUUUUGUCUGGUACAGAAUUUGGACACACAUUGGGAACACCGAUUGGAUUGACAGUCCCGAAUCAGGAUCAGCGUCCUCAUGAUUACACUGAGACGGAUCUGUACCCUCGUCCUUCUCACGCUGAUUGGACCUAUUUGCUCAAAUAUGGAUUGAAGGCCUCAUCCGGUGGUGGACGUGCUAGUGCUCGCGAGACAAUUGGUCGCGUGGCUGCUGGAGCGGUUGCGGAAAAGUUCUUAAAGGAAGCAUUUGGUACUGAGAUUGUGGCAUUCGUGUCAUCAGUCGGUAAGAUCGCCAUGCCCUUUAUUGAGGAACAAAACGAGAACGGAGUUCCUUCUGAACAAUUUGUAGAGAUGUUGAACACAAUAACUCGAGAGCAAAUCGAUCAGGAAGCUACUCGAUGCCCCGAUAAGGAAGUUUCCAAGAAGAUGACUCAGCGCAUCAUUGAAGCCAAGGAGGCAAAUGACUCGAUCGGAGGAACCGUCACCUGUGUGAUCCGUAAUGUGCCCACAGGACUUGGAGAGCCAUGCUUUGAUAAAUUGGAGGCCAAGCUUGCUCAUGCAAUGUUAUCGAUCCCAGCUACAAAGGCCUUUGAAAUUGGCUCAGGAUUUGGAGGCACACAGGUACCGGGACAUUUGCAUAAUGACGCAUGGGUCCAAAAGGUCAGUCGUAAGGGCCAAAAGAUCUUGGGAACCAAGACUAAUUUCUCGGGAGGGAUCCAAGGAGGAAUCUCGAAUGGUGAAAAUAUCUAUUUCAGAAUCGGUUUCAAAUCUCCUGCAACCAUCAGCCAAGAACAAAAGACAACGAGUUACAAUGGUGUGGAUGGUGUCUUGGCAACACGUGGUCGCCAUGAUCCCUGCGUGGUUCCACGUGCCACACCCAUCGUUGAGGCCAUGGCAGCUUUGGUGAUUAUGGACGCCACUAUGGCACAAUUGGCAAGGCAGAGCGCAGCCUCAUUGUUGCCACCUAUGCCCGAUACUCCUCUUCGCCCUGCACCAUUUGUCAUGGCUGUCCCUGGUGGCCAGGCCAUCAAAGUUGAUGAAGCUGCUAAGCCCAAGACGGAGUAAGGCAACAUAUGGAACGGAAUACCAUCUUUCAGAAAAAAAAACCUAUUCUAAUAGUUUUUUUUGUUAUUACUCAUACAAACAACGUGUCAUCAUGCAAUACAUCAAUAAAUGUGUACAUCCUAUUCAUACUUGAG